UAAUCGAUUCGGCAUUAAUAUUAUUACAAACUGUUCCAACUCAUAUUCAAAUUGAUUCAUUACAACGUAAACUAUUGCAAGAAAUUGAUGGUGUAUUAGCUGUACAUGAAUUUCAUGUUUGGCAAUUAGCUGGUGAUCGUAUUAUUGCAUCAGCACAUAUACGUUGUCGUAAUUUACAUGAUUAUAUGCAAAUUGCUGAACGUGUAAAAGAAUUUUUUCAUAAUGAAGGUAUACAUUCAACAACAAUACAACCAGAAUUUGUUGAAGCUGAUGAUACAAUGGAAAGUUCAUUUGAUAAUGGUGCUAUUUCCGAUGGACAUUGGUCUUCAUUAGCAAAUGCUGGCCAACAAGAUGUUCAUUUAAAAUAUCGUUGGUCAAAUGAUGCAAAUUGUGCACUUGAUUGUCCACCAGGUCAAUUAGGUCGUGGUAGUUGUGUACAAAGUACAUGUUGUGGUCCACAACAAAAACGAUCAUUACCACCUGGAUCAGGAUUUGAUGAAUUAGAAAUACAAAAAGCCGGUUCUAGUAUUGGUACACAAUUAUCACGUCGUAAUAUUCACGGUCAAUCUAUCAAUAAUAAUAAUAAUCAACAACUACAACAACAACAACCAAUAUCAGCGAUAUCCACAUCCAAACAUAAUGGAUCACCAUCAUUAACAUCAUCAUCAUCAUCAUCAUCUUCAUCGAACAAUCAACAACAACAACAACAAAAUGAUCAAUCACAAAUGAUUAAUCCAAAAUCUUCAUUGUUAAAUGCAGCUACAAAUGCAACAGUUGCAGCUAUUAUACCAGAAAAAGAUUCCAAAAUUAUUUCAUAUUCGAAUCUCAGUUCAACAUCAUCAUCAUCAACAUCAACAUCAUCAACUAAUCAUCUUGGUUUGAUUGUUGAUUCGAAAGAAAAACUAAAUUCAAUUUCAAAUGGCAUUUAAUCCUUCUUUUUUACAUGAAGAUAAUGGAGACCGGAAAAACUUCUUUUUUUUU